UCAGUCUAGUGUGAGAGUAACAGACAGGAAAAGGCUUCAGUUUCAGAGAAGAAAGUGCUGAGACGCUGAGACAGACACUCUUCUGCUUGCUGAUAGUGUUUUCUGCUGCUUUUCUGAACUGUCAAGAGGACAGGAAUAGCCAGCCCAUGGAAAUGCCAGAAAUGGAUGUUGACCUUUCUCUCUUCGUUGAAUUCCUCAACUUCACUUAUCCUCCCAUAGACGAGCUCAUGGGGGUCCCUUGUAACGUCUCUAUCUUGGGCUUGAGCAGUGUUGGUCUAAUGAUCACCUACAUCGCUGUGUUCAUCUUCAGUGUGCUGGGUAACAGUGUAGUCAUCUACGUGGUGUGCUGCAUGGCUAGGGGCCGGACCACCACAGACGUCUAUCUGAUGCACCUGGCAAUGGCUGACCUCCUCUUCACCUCGACCCUCCCCUUUUGGGCCGUCUAUGUCUACUCCCACUGGAUUUUCGGUACCUUCCUCUGCAAGUUCCUGUCUGGCCUCCAGGAUGCUGCCUUUUAUUGUGGGGUUUUCCUGUUAGCGUGCAUUAGUGUGGACCGCUACCUGGCUAUCGUGAAGGCCACGCGGGCACUGGCACAGCGGCGCCACCUGGUGGGGUUGGUGUGCGGAGCCGUGUGGCUGGGGGCGGGGCUACUCUCAUUGCCCGUGGCACUCCAACGGGAGGCUAUCCAACCCGAGGAUCUUGAAGGCCAGAUCAUCUGCUUUGAGAACCUGACUGCGGCGAGCAGCGAUCGGUGGCGGCUGGGUGUGCGGGUGAUUCGCCACGUGCUGGGCUUCUUCCUGCCACUGUCGGUCAUGGUCGUCUGCUACAGCUGCACUGCAGCGACGCUGUUCCGUGGCGUGCGCAUCGGCUGCCAGAAGCACAAGGCCAUGCGCGUCAUCCUGGCCGUGGUGCUGGCGUUCGUGGCAUGCUGGCUGCCGCGCAACAUCAGCGUGCUGGUAGACACGCUGAUGCGGAGUGGCUCGCUGGGCGAGGAGACGUGUGAGUUCCAGAACAAGGUGAGCGUGGCGCUGUAUGUGACUGAGGUGAUGGCGUUCACGCACUGCGCCGUCAACCCCGUGCUGUAUGCCUUCAUCGGGCAGAAGUUCCGGAACCAGCUCUUGGUGGUGCUCCACAAGCAUGGGCUGAUCAGCAAGAGGUUGAUGGUGGCGUACCACAGUGGCUCAGUCAACAGCACGGCCAGUCAAAGGUCUAGGAACACAUCUGUUACCCUGUAAGGUUUCAGUAAUCAGGGGGUGGUGUGGAAGGGUCGAGUUUCAUUGGUUCCUCACACCGUAUGGUCAGGGGUGCAGGCAUGGCGAGAAACUUGUUCUUCAUGUUCUAGGGGGGGGUGUGUGUGUGUGUGUGUGUGUGUGUGUGUGUGUGUGUGUGUGUGUGUGUGUGUGUGUGUGUGUGUGUGUGUGUGUGUGUGUGUGUGUGUGUGUGUGUGUGUGUGUG